AUUAUUUUUUUCUUUUUAAACUUAUUACCAAACUUAUAUUUAUCUUUCUCCUCUCAUUUACCUUCUCUAUUUGAUUUAUAAUGUCAGGUAGCGAUCAAACUAAGAUAGCACGAGUUUUAGCUAAAGAUGCAUCUACGGGAAAACAAAUCGAAAUCAGUUAUGUUAAUAAAAAAAUCACUGGUAAUGGAUCUUUUGGUGUGGUUUAUCAAACUCGUCUUGUGGACACAAAUGAAGAUGCUGCAAUCAAAAAAGUACUUCAAGACAGGAGAUUUAAGAAUCGUGAAUUACAAAUUAUGCGAUUAGUGGAUCAUCCUAAUGUUUGUCGAUUGAAAUCAUACUUUUAUACACAAGUGGAUAAAAAGGAAGAUGAAGUUUAUUUGAACCUGGUGAUGGAAUAUGUACCUGAUACUUUAUAUCGUGCUACUCGUCUUUACACCAAAUCCAAACAAUCAAUGCCCAUGAUAUUAGUCAAGGUUUAUAUGUAUCAAGUCAUUCGUUCUUUAGCUUAUAUUCAUUCUUUGGGUAUUUGUCAUCGUGAUAUCAAACCUCAAAAUAUUUUAUUGGAUCCCAAUUCUUCAAUUUGUAAAAUGUGUGAUUUCGGCAGUGCCAAAAUCCUCACACCAGGUGAACCUAAUGUAUCCUAUAUUUGUUCUCGUUAUUAUCGUGCUCCUGAAUUGAUUUUUGGUGCUACAAACUAUACUUUGAAUAUUGAUGUAUGGUCUACUGGAUGUGUUAUGGCUGAAUUGAUUCUAGGUCAACCUUUCUUCCCUGGUGAUAGUGGCAUAGAUCAAUUGGUAGAAAUCAUCAAGAUUCUCGGUACUCCUUCUAAACAAGAAAUAGCUGCUAUGAAUGCAAGUUAUGUUGAACACAAAUUCCCUCAAAUCAAACCUCAUCCUUUGAAUAAGAUCUUUGUUGGAGCUUGUGAAGAAGCAGUAGAUCUUUUGUCUCGGAUGUUAUUAUAUGAUCCUCAACAACGAAUCACUGCUAUUGAAGCAUUAUGCCAUCCAUUCUUCGAUGAUAUACGAGAUCCAAAUACUCAUUUACCUAAUGGACAACCUCUUCCUCCUGUAUUGAACUUUUCUAGACAUGAAUUGUCUAUUCGACCUGACUUGAUUCGUCGACUGGUACCUCCUCAUUGUGAACAAGAAUUGUUAUCCAGAGAUAUCGAUAUUCAUCAUUUUGACCCUAUCCCUGCCGAUCAACUCAAGAUACCUCCCUCCUAUAUUUGAACGUUGAUGCUCUCCUAGUUUUUUUUUUUUUUUUUAUUUCUUUUGUCCUACUCGUCUCUAUAUAUAAAAUAA